AAGUGGGGAGCGUGUGGCCGGGGACGUGGCCGCUGCCGGGUCUCCGGGUCCGGUACGAGGCGCCCGCAGCGAGCGAAGGGCCCGUGAAAGCGCCCGUGGGGGGGCCCGCAGCUCAUUGUUAUUCAUACCCACAAAGCCCCGCGGAGGCUGGCCGCGCGCUGAGCCCGCCAUGGCCUAUCACCAGGGCUACGGGGGGCAAGGCUCCAAGCACCGAGUCAGGGGCCCCAUGGUCCCUCCUGCCCCGGACCCGCACCAGCUCUUCGAUGACACCAGUGCUGGUUUCCCACAUGCACAAGGCACUCCCACCUCAGGAAUCGACAUGGGCUUCAACACCCUACUGGCUGACCCAAUGGCUAACGUGGCCGUGGCGUAUGGCUCCUCCAUCGCCAGCCAGAGCAAGGACAUUGUCCACAAGGAGAUCCACAGGUUCAUGUCCGUGAACAGGCUCAAAUAUUUUUUCGCUGUGGACACUGCCUACGUGACCAAGAAGCUGGCGCUGCUGCUCUUCCCGUAUGCACACCAGAACUGGGAGGUUCGGUACAGCAGGGACACACCCCUGACACCCCGGCAGGACAUCAACGCACCCGACCUGUACAUCCCCACCAUGGCCUUUAUCACCUACAUCCUGUUGGCCGGCAUAGCCUUGGGCCUGCAGCAAAGGUUCUCCCCGGAGGUGCUGGGCAUGUGCGCCAGCACUGCCUUUGUGUGGGUCGUUAUCGAGGUCCUCGCCCUGCUGCUGAGUCUGUACUUAGUGACAGUGCAGAGCGACCUCACGCCCUUUGACCUGCUCGCCUACAGUGGGUACAAAUAUGUGGGGAUGAUCCUGGCUGUGCUGGGGGGGCUGCUCUUUGGCAGUGAUGGGUACUACGUGGCCCUUGCCUGGACAUCCUGUGCCCUCAUGUACUUCCUGGCACGCUCCCUGCGAAUGAAGCUCCACCCGUCCCUGGUGCCAGAUGGGAUGGGGCAUCCCAGGGGCGGUGGGCGUGGUCAGACCUAUGUCACCCUGGGGGCUGCUGCCUGCCAGCCACUCAUCGUCUACUGGCUCACCUUCCACCUGGUCCGCUGAGAUGGGGCAGCGUAGCGCCUGGGGGACAGUCCUUCCCAGACACAUGGACUCCUGGGACGCCCCCAGACGUAGAGGCACCCAGGAGACACAACCUGCAAUGCACAGCUGGCGGGGACCACACACAACCUGAAGCAUGGACACGUCAGACCCCCAUGCGGGGUCUGGCAGCCAGGACUUCUGGGUUCUAUCCCUAAUUGGCUGGGUGACCUGAGGCGCGUCCCUUCUCCUGCCUAUGCCUCAGUUUCACCCUCAUUAUGAAGGAGGGAUGAUAGCACUAACCUGCCCUCUGGGACUUCCCCAGCCACAUCACCUCGGGUGCAGGGCCCUAUCCCCCCACCUCCCUUCUGCUGGUGAGUAUUUGGUCCUUCAGUCCCCUGCGGUGGAAAGUAACCUAAAAAACCAGUGUUUUCAGCAUAUCAGUGUUUUCCCGGAAAACUCCAUCAAAACCCAACACUGGGAGAGAGGGAAUAAAGAGUCCUGACUAACUAGCAGUCUGUGUGUCAGUGCUGGGCCAUGGUGCUAGGGGGAGCUUUACAGCAGGGAGUGGGGCAGUGGCCCAAUAGGGGGCACUUUGCCCUUGCAGCCCUGGCCCCAAUGCCCAGACAUGGUACUAGGCGGGCUGUGCAGCAGGAAGCAGGAUGGGGGCUCAGAAGGGGAGCAUUCUACCCUUGCAAGCUUUGUGGACCCCUCUACACACAGCACUAGUACAGUGCCCCUCAAUCGCAACUUGAAGCCACUCUGCAAUUUCUGUCCCAUUCAUAGAACCAUAGAUUAUAUAUCACAGAAUCAUAGAUAUGUAGGGCCGGAAGAGAGAGCUAGACCAGCCUGCUGCUCUGAGGCAGGACUGAGUACAACAGGGAUCUUUGGGAUCAUCUACUCUGACCUGUAUGACACAGGCCAUGGGACUGAGCUGAAUUAAUUCCUGUUUGAACUAGAGCAGAUAUUUUAGAACAAAUCCAAUCUUGAUUUAAAAAUUGCCAGUGACGGAGAAUCCACCACAAUCCUUAGGAAGUUGUUCAAUAGUUAAUUAUUAAAUUGUUAAAAACUUGUGCCUUAUUUCCAGUCUGAAUUUGUCUAACUUCAACUUCCAGCUAUUAGAUCGUGUGAGACCUUUGUCGGCUAGAUUGAUGAGCCCUCUGUUAUCCAAGUGCUGUUCCCCACUAGGUACUUCUAAAGUGUGACCAAGUAAUCCGUAAGCUUUCUCUUUGUUAAGCCAAAUAGAUCAGGCCCCUGGAGUCUCUCACUAUGAGGCAUGUUCUCUAAGCCUUUAAUCAUUCUCCUAGCUCUUCUCUGAGCCCUCCAAUUUAUCAGCAUCCCUCUUGCAUUAUGAACUGGAUGCAGGAUUCCAGCAGAUGCUGCACCAGCGCUACCUACGAAAGUAACAGAACCUCCUUUCUACUCAAUCUUCCCCUAUUUAUACAUCCCAAGAUUGCAUUAGCCCUUUUGGCCACAGAUUCACUUUGGGAGCUCACAUUCAGCUGAUUAUCCACCACGACCCCCAAGCCCUUUUCAGAGUCACUGCCUCCCAGGAUAGAGUCCCCCAUCCUGUAAGUGUAACCUACAUUCUUUGUUCCUAUAUGUAUAACUUUACAUUUUGCCAUAUUAAAUCACAUAUUGGUUGUUUGCACCCAGA